AUGGCAUCUUCAAUGAAAUGGUCUGUACCAGAAACGAUUGAUAUUGCUAAACAUAAAAGUCAACAAGAAUUUGUUGUUAUCAGUUGGAAUGUAUUACAUAUGAUUCAUGAGAUUAAUUAUGUAUAUGAUUCCAGUCCAGUAAUCAAUCGUUAUUCGAUUAACAACGAUUUUUCAAAUGAAAAAAUACGACUUAAUGAUAUUACAAAGACAUUAAGUGAACUACUAAUCAAACACUCUACCAUGGAAUGUUUCAUUUGUUUACAAGAAGUUCCCGGUGAUUUACUGCCAAUGUUACAUGAAAUGUUCGAUUCUCAUGCGAACUCAAUCUUAGCAUGUAAACCAGUAAUGCAUAUACAAACUUAUUCACGUAAACCGCGCAUUCGGGUAAGACAAGGAAGCUCUGUCUACAAUGAUUCGAAUGAAAGUCUCGUCACGAUUCAUUAUAAUCCAAAGAUCAUUUCUAUUGAAAAAGCACUUGGAUUGGAACAUGAAAAAAAAUCUGUUCUCUACAAUGAUCAAGUUCUAUGGACACCUUGUCCUACUGAUGCUGGUAAAGGUGCUCUUACUGUAACAACCAUAUCUGGUUUAAGUGUUGUGAAUGCGCACGUGCCAUAUAACAAUCAAGCUGCUUCACUAUUGUUGAGAAAUAUCUUGUGGCCUGAAAAUAACAAUCCAUUCGUAUUUGUUGGUGACAUAAAUCGUGGUUCUAAAGCUUUUAUGAAUAUAAUCACCAAGAUUACUGUUAGAAAGCCUUCCUCCAAUCUACUGUUUCCUAUCACAACACACAAGCCUACUAGAGUUGGUUUAAGCCCGAACGGUACUCUCUACAAGGUAUGGAUCGAUCAUUAUCUGGUCUCAGCGUCACUCAAACAUUUAGCCACAUCUCCUGCAGUGGUCUACGAUGAUAUCGGUGAUAUUUCUGACCAUUAUCCCAUCUUACUUCAGUUCAAAAAUACAUAGAAUCUGCAACCAAGGACACUUAACGCUUUUCAUUGCCUUCUUUCAUGACUUGCUCGAUAGUGUACUACAUAUACAGGGGGUCCCAAAAUUAUAGCACCUCCCUUUAUUUUUGAAAAUUUUUAGCAAAAAUGAAUAUCUAGAUCAAAUCUAAAUAGUGAUUUAGAUAGCCCUUGAAAUUCUCUA